GAGCAAGCGUUUGAGAUUUUGCGCUCGCUUCGUUGUAUUUCUGUUGCCUUCUCUCUGAGAUUUGAGUGUGGGAAGGAGGAGGAGGGUGGCGAUUGAUCAAUCGAACGAUUGAUUGGUUCUUGCGGCGAUCGAUGGCGAAGGUGGUUCCGGUGCCCGAGGUGUACGCACGGGACCAGAUGAUCUCAUGGUUCCGGAGCGAGUUCGCCGCCGCGAACGCGAUCAUCGACGCGUUCUGCAGCCACCUGGCGCAGAAAGAUGGCGGUGAGGAGUACGAGUCGGUGUUCGCUGCCCUGCACUGCCGGCGCCUGAAUUGGAUCCCGGUGCUCCACAACCAAAAGUACUUCCCCAUCGACGAGAUCUCCUUCGAGAUCCGCUUGCUAGAAGCCAACCGCGAUACCGCAAGGGAGAGGCUUCGUCUUCCUCCGGCACAGUCGGAGGAGACGAUCAAUUUUUGGGAGAGCGAUAGCCCUCCCGCUGAGAAUGAAAUACCUUCCCCGGAAGAGCAAGCUUCCGGCGAGGCGGUGGAGGGAAGCAUUGAGGUCGCGGGGAUCGGGGAAGACGCUGCGGCAACGGCGGAUGCGUCUUCUGGAGGAAACUCGGAGCAAACUUCUCCGGAGGCGGAGGCCAUUAAGGUCGCCUUCACAGAGGAAGCGCCGGCGGAGGAAGAACCUUCCUACAAGGCGGUGCGGAAAACCAUUGAGAUCGCGGGGAUCGAGAAGGACGCGGCGGCGACGGUGGAUCCGUCUUCUGGAGGAAACUCAGAGCGAACUCCUGCGGAGGCGGAGGUCAUUAAUGCCGCCUUCACAGAGGAAGAACCUUCCGACGAGGCAGUGGGGGAAAGCGAUGAGGUAGCGGGGAUCGAGGAGGAUUCGCCUUGUGGAGCAAAAUGUUCGCUUCAGAUUCAGAAUGCUGUCGAAGACGGCGACGCCACCGGAGGAUCGCAAGAACCAGCUUCGGCGGUCGACAUUUCUGCCGACGAUGGAGAUUUCUCAGCGCGCCUGGAGAGGAUCAAGCUCUCAAAAGGUUUCGUCGCAAAGGAGUCAGUGAAAGGGCAUAUGGUUAACGUUGUCAAAGGUCUCAAGAUGUAUGAGGGUAUUUUCACAGACUCAGAGUUGCCUGACCUCGUCCAGUUCAUCAAUGGACUUCGUCAUGCAGGUCGAAGAGGAGAACUCUCCGGGGAAACGUUUAUUUUCUUCAAUAAACAAAUGAAAGGGAACAAGAGGGAGAUCAUUCAAUUCGGCGUUCCAUUAUUCCAGCCAACCACUGAAGGAGAAAGUACCACCGAGCCAAUUCCCCCUGAAUUGCAGAACGUAAUUGAUCAUUUGGUCCUUUGGCACAUCAUACCAGAUAAUAAGAAACCCAACAGCUGCAUUAUCAACUUCUUCGAUGAGGACGAUUAUUCUCAGCCCUACUUCAAGCCUCCCCAUCUGGAAAACCCCAUUCUGACACUCGUCCUCUCUGAAACGACCAUGGCUUUUGGCCGGUCGCUCAUCAGUGACCCCGAAGGAAACUACAAGGGAUCGCUAAUUCUUACACUCAAUGAGGGGGCACUCAUAGCGAUGCGCGGCAACAGUGCAGACAUGGCGAGGCACGCGGUGUGCGCCUCGCCAAACAAGAGGAUGACCGUCACAUUCGUGAAGGUUAAAACCGCCGCUCACAGUUUGUACUCGCCUACUGCUUCACGGGCCAACCAAGCUAUGAUCUGGUGGCGACCGGAGUGCUCCCUCCCGCAGCCAACCAUGCCCAUGCCUGGAGUCAUUGCGUACGGACCUCAAGCCAUGAUUCCACUGCAAGCUCCAGCCGCUGUCAUGGUGGCGCAGCCAGGAGAAGUCGUCCUGACCACCUCCCGUAGGAACUCGCCGCCGCACAACGGAACUGGCGUCUUCCUGCCCUGGGCCACCGUCGCCCCGAAGAAGUACACUAAGCACCUCCCUCCGCGUAUCCAAAAGCGGAGGCAAUCCUUCUUUCCAUCUUCGUUAGAAGCUCAAGCUUAACUAAAUUUUGGUAGUGGAUUUACUUCUACUAUAGAGAUUUCAUGGUUUGACGUUUUAGAGAUCAUUAAAGAUUAUGCAGAUGUCUUCCAGACAAACUUUUGGGUCCUGUUUAUCUAUCUAUUUAUUUAUCAUCUUCAUAGGCGGAAUUUCCGGUCUAAUUACUUGUGAUGUAAAGUUUUAACUUAUAUGAAAUAGUGACAGAGCAGAUCAGAGCAGAGCUGAGCUGAGGCUUGCAGUCUCUCUGGUGAAGUCCCCAAAGUUUUUUUCUAGUGAACAACAAAAAAAUCUUAUCCGGUAUUCCUCGUUUUCUCCGGUGAGUUGAUUCUCGCUACAUUAAUGAAGCCCGCCUGCCUUCCUCCACCUGCGUUCUUUUCCGGCGGUGUAUGGAGAGCGAGGACGGCGCCGUGCUGAAGCUGGUCCACCCAGGCCGCUUCGUCGAGAUCCACCGCAAGGCCCUGACUGCCGGCGAGGUGAUGGCCAGGAACCCCCGCCACUUCGUCACCCGCCCCGACGUCUUCCGCUUCCCCUGGGUCGUCGUCCGGCCCGAGUCCCUCCUCUGCCCCGGCAACGUCUUCUACAUCGUCCCCUGCCACACCCUCUACCGCCUCGUCCAGACCUCCCGCCGCGGCGACCGCAACGAAUCCCCGCGGCUGAGCGAUCGCCGGCUCCACCCCAACGACGGGGCGGUGACGUACUCCGACUUCGACGGCCAAUCGUUCGUCGUCGACGGCGGUGCCGGCGGCCUCAGGGAGCAGCAAGCCUGCGAGCUGAAGCCGUGCUUGAAGAAGGGAAACUCGAACGCGAGCUCGAGCUCUGCGUCGACUAGGCGCGGAGGAGGUUGCCGGCGUGUGGCCUUCAUACUUCCCAAGGAGGACGAUGAGAAGAAUUAAGAAAACGGUUUUGUACCGGGGACAGCGUCCAAGUGAUUAACUCUUCCGUUAAUUCACCAAGUCGCAUGUAAUUUUGUGAAAAUUUGUGUUCCAAUUCACCGCUCAAAGCUCCAACAGGCAGGAUAGGCCCGUCGAGACUGGCUGUGGGCAAAGAGAGAUAUAUGUUCAUUGUCGUUGAGAAUGGCAAUCAUGUUGGAGUCGA